UCAAGACAAAUUAGAAAGCAUUCAAUCCAAAUCGUAGAGAAGUAAAGAAACCAUACAGAAAAUAAGUAAUUUUUUCCUAGAUCCGAAAUUAGUUGUGAAUUCAUUUUCUCGUGAUCCCAGUACAAGAUGAGUGAGGAAGAAGUACCUGGAGAGGGAGGUGAGGAGUCGCCCGGAGCCGGAUCGGUUGAAGAGGUGGCUGCCCCAGUGCCCGAUACCACCACCGCUGAACCCGUGGAUACCACCACUUCGGGAGCCCGGAUGAUAAUGAUGAUGAACCACCCAUGGCUGGCGGCCGCCGCAGUGGCCGUUUAUGCCACCAAGGUAAUGUGGCUUAAGUUUCGCGAACUCGGACUGGCCAAACAGAAAAAGUCGACUAAAUAUCAGGACAAGACGCUGAAACCCCAGAAGGAUACCAAAGAAUGUGGGUUGGAAUCUGAAUCUGAGGAAGAGUCUGAUGCGGAGCCAGAUGAAGGUGAUCCUGCCUCAAAACCACCUCUAAAGUGGGUCGAUAAUGCUUGCGAUUUGGGUACUGAAGGAUCGUCAAUCAACGUUUUUCAUUAACGAUUUGAGAGACUUGUAAUAUGAUCGAAAUUCUUGCAAAUCAACAAAAUUAUUUAAAAGGAUAGUGCUUGGAUAUAUCCUAUAAAUUAACUUGGUAUUUUAAUAAGGUUCUUGGCUUACGUUGAAUGCUGUGAAGAGAUGUUCAGCUGUUCACUGUACGAACAAUAAAUGUGAAUCCAAAUAUAAA